AUGAUCGUAGUGGAUCCGAUAUCACAGCAAAAUAAUUUCACUGGUGGAGAUACAGUUCAAAUUGAAACAAAUAGCGUUAAUUCGUCAAAGAAACGUUUGGUUUUCAAAACUCCCAUCGUGAACCUUACGAAACCUUGCAUAACUCAACCAUCCACAAGUUCAUCUUUUCCUGAUGGAGAUUCAUCUUUGGUGUUGAAUAACAUUGCGCAAAAUAGUGAGAUGAACGAAGCAUUUACUAAUGACGCACCAAAAUCGGUUAAAAUUUGCAAUGAUUCGGAGCAUUCAAGUCAAGGAUCACCCGCUCUGAAAUCAGUUCGGAAAACUGCUCAUGGUGAAUCGGAACAACAAAUCUCAACUGUGUCAGUAUCAAUACCAACAUCAAUUGUGAAGCCAGUUCGGAAAUGGGGUCAAUGGAAUUAUCCUGAAACUAUGAUUUUUUAUGAAGGGAUAAAACAGUUCGGAAAAGAUUUCGAAUUAAUAUCAAGGUUGAUGUUAAAGAGGAAAAUGAAUAAGGACAAGGAACAAAUUAGGAAUUAUUAUUUUAACUCACUCAAAGUUCUUCGAUCAACUGCUCGCAUUGAUGGAGAAAGUUUGUUCAUUGUACCAAGAGACGCAAAAGAACUUUUCAUCGUUAUCAAUGGUUUCGAAUGGAAAAAAAAAGUUGGAAAUAAAUUCGAUUCUGCAAAACUUCGGCAGCUUAUAUUAGAAGGUAACACUUCAGUGCGUUUGAAGCGGAAAAAGCAAUUUCGAACUGUCCGUACGCCUGCCUGCCCCGCUUUGGAAAAGCUAUUCCCUAGUCGAAGUGCAAAAAUUGCUCUUCCAUCUCAUAUUGUGGUACGUUUGCAUCCAAAAUAUUCAAUGGACAGAAUGUAUGUUGAAUCAUGCGGACAAAAUCCUUUUAUAAAAAUUCGUCUGCCGAUUGAAGCACGUUUAGAACGUAUUUUUACCAUUUUGAAUGCUAAAUGGAUUCCGAAAGCCAAAAAGGAUCAUUACGAAGAUAUUGUGGAUCGUCCGAAUAUCGCUCUUUUUCCCGAUAAUACGACUCGAUUAGAACGAGUGAUGGUUCAUUGUACGGAAGAAAUUGCAUCUUCUGGAUUUUCCUUGAAUAGGUUAAAAUCUGAAUAUGAGAAGAUAAAGCAAUUAUCAAGCCAAAAAGAAGCGAAGGCACAAGGGCAAGAUAUGAAGGAACCGAAUGCUACUACGACGCAAUUUCCUUUACUAAUGAAUUAUGAUGAUGUAUGUAAGGCGAGCUCGUCUGUGGAGAAAACUUCAACUGAAAAGGAUGUACCAAAUAAUUUAGUGCACGGUUCAGUUGAUAAUCAGUCUAAUUCAACAAUACUUGAUGAUUUGAAAUUGCGAAAUGGACUUACGGCAAAAAGUGUUGGUGAUGCGGCGUGCGGGAAAACGAAAGAAAUACUUAUGCAAUAUACAGUUAAUGUAAAUCGUAAUAACUCAGUUGAACCGUGGAAUAUUUUCAUCAACUUAUUACAUCGUAAUUAUGGCGAUAAUUUAUGUAAGAUUUUAUCUGAGCCUGCUGACUGUUCCAUGGAAGCUCGAACAGUAAACGUGGUAAACGUAAAGGAUCGACCGAGAAAACCCAGAAUUAUUAAGUCAACAGAUGAUCCUAAUCCAGUUUCAAGUACAGCACCUCUUAACAAUUCUGAAUCAUCAACGAAAAUGCCAGCAGAAACAAUUAUAUCCUUGGUUCCAACAAUUGUUCAAGCUGAAAAUGACGCAUUCAUAAAACAGCUCCAGAGUUUGCAAAUGUCGAGGAAACGUGCCAAGCCUCUCGUUGAACGUUUAAGAGCUAAGGUUAAAUUUUCCUCUCACUUUUUAACUAAACUCGCAAAAAUUCAUCGAGGAAUUAAAAUUGUGGCACGUGGUCCAUUUCCAUCUUUUGCGCAUGGAAUGCAAUGUUCGUGGGCAAACAAUUAUCAAUAUGAACAAACAAACGCAUCAACAAUAAAUUCAUCUUUGGCCGCUUUUAAUAAUAGCAUUGUGGAGCAUUUCGAUUCACAAGUCAUUCGUGGUAACCAUGUUCCCGAUAAUUUUCAUUCUCCAAAUGGCUCCAUAAGUACAACUGGUCAACGUAAUACUGCAUUAGGUUGUGUUAACACGCCAGUGCGAUGUCAUGUUUCGGCUGGUGCAGCUGGCUCCAAUGGAAAUAUAGCGGGUGAAAUAUUGAAUGGACUUUGUUCGAAUGAUUUUCAUAUAGAUACAAAUACCAACGAUACGAAUAGUUUGCUUUCAAAUAAAAGCAUAGUUAGCCUUCCAGAAGAUUUUCGUCAAUCAUUUGAUUUAAUGAUGCAGCAGAGUAGUGUGGAUUAUUGUCGUACCUUUGAAGAUUUGCAAAAUAUUGCCUUAAAUGAUUCGCUGAAAAAAUAA